GUAGACUGCAGCUGCCGACACCAAUCUUGCAAGAUUCUCUCUUCAAGACAUGGACAACGCACCAGAAACACCGAAAAUGACGCUGGCUUCCUACUACGGCCACCGGGAAAUGCCGGUAAUAGGCAUGGGGACAGCGGCGGACCCCUUCGAUGAAGCCACGAUGAAGACGGCGGUCCUGGAGGCGAUAAAGAUUGGCUACAGGCACUUUGACACUUCUCCACUGUACAGGUCAGAAAAAGCUGUGGGAGAAGCCAUAGCUGAAGCGCUUAGACUUGGCCUUAUUGGUUCUCGAGACGAGCUCUUCAUCACUUCUAAGCUUUGGUGCUCCGAUGCUCACACCGAUCUUGUCAUGCCUGCUCUAAAGAAUUCCCUCAGGACUCUUCAACUGGAGUAUCUAGACCUUUAUUUGAUCCACUGGCCCAUCAGUUUUAAGCCUGGAAGAUUGAUGUUCCCAGUGCCUAAGGACGAGCUUCUGCCAAUGGACUUCAAGUCUGUGUGGGCAGCCAUGGAAGAGUGCCAACAGCUUGGCCUCACAAAGGCCAUUGGAGUCAGCAACUUUUCUUGCAAGAAGCUUGAACACUUACUUGCCUUCGCUACUAUCCCUCCUGCAGUAAAUCAAGUGGAGAUGAGCCCUCUCUGGCAACAGAAGAAGCUUAGAGAAUUCUGCAAGGCUAAUGACAUAGUAGUGACUGCUUACUCUCCUCUAGGAGCAAAGGGGACUCGCUGGGGCAGCAGUUUAGUCAUGGACAAUGAAGUACUAAAUGAGAUUGCAAAGACUCGUGGCGAGACUGUUGCUCAGGUUUGUCUGCGAUGGGCGUAUGAGCAAGGAACAAGUUUUGUAGUUAAGAGCUAUAGGAAAGAAAGACUGAAGGAGAAUAUGAACAUCUUUGAUUGGGCACUAUUGAAGGAUGAUCAUGACAAGAUUAAUCAAAUCCCACAACAAAGAUUACAACCUAGAGAAGAACUAGUUUCAGCUAAUGGACCAUACAAGUCCCUUGAAGAGCUAUGGGAUGGGGAGAUUUAACCUCAUAUUAAAUAAAUUGUAAAUUGAACUCCAGAGCUUUAUCUUGAUAAAUGAUGUGAACUUGUAUCGUACAAUUGCUCCUUUGCCAUUGUACUUAAGCGCAAGAGCAUGAGGGCAUUUUGUGUAAAUUGAAGCAAGAAAGCCCAGAAGGUUCCUCUCA